UUCACCACCGAUGCUCAUCAGACGUUCUUGCAUGGUUCACCGCGCGUAGAUAUGCUGCUCAGCCUGGUCCAAUUUAACACGACGCGGGCUCUAGUGAUUAAUGCAAGACUCAUGGGGAUCACGCAGGGUAUCAUGGUUCCUGGAUCACGGUCCCAGCUUCCCUCCGAGGAUGUCGACAUCGCAGCGCAUAACUCUCUACCGCUGAGCCUGAGACCUACCCAUCUUCAGCUCACCAUAAGCCAUCACCCUUGGAUUGACAUCCUGCCGUUUCCAGAAAUUCGGGACAAUCUACUGCGCCAUGACGAGAACUCUUAUUGCAAGAAGGAGCUAUGUCGCGAUCUGAGGGGGUUUCAGGCAGUUGCUGGUGGCUGUGGGGGCAUAAUUGCAUGGGGAGAUCCAUGGGACUCUCGAGGGUGGGAGGUUACCGAAGCAUUUGCAUCCAAAUGGCCGUGGGUGGUCAAGGACUGUCAUAAGCUUCUAGAGUCCACAAAUUAUUGGAGAGCGGUAAGAGAUGAACGGACGGGCUCUGAUGAGUAG